UAGCCACACCCCUCAACCGACCUUUUCAUUUCAGCUAAAGUAUUGAAGACAUGUCUCGAAUAAGAACCUACGUUAGACUACGACCACAAUCACCCAGUUCUUCACCAAGUCUGUGGUAUCGUCCGGAAAAGAAGAGAUUGCACAUCGACAUAGCAGAAGAUGUAAACCUCAACAGAUUUGGUCGCAAGGGCAAAGUGCAACAUGAAUUUGAGUUUACUCAUGUAUUCGACACUCCAACGUCCCAAGAUGAGUUAUUCUGCGAAGCUGCUAGUGACGUGGUAGAAUCUUUUCUACACGGUUACAAUGCUACCGUUUUCGCGUACGGACAGACGGGAUCGGGGAAAACACACACUAUUGAGGGAUCCUACAAAAGGUUCUCCGACCGUGGCAUCAUACCUAGAGCUCUGGCAAUGAUCUAUCAAAGUCUGGAGACAAGAACAGAAGAAGAAAUCAAAGUGCAGAUAUCGUACCUAGAAAUUUAUCAAGAGAAUGGAUACGAUUUGCUCAAUCCUGGAUUGCAACAUAGUGGGCUUGUAACUCGAUUGCCGAAGGUGACGAUUUUUCAAGCAGAUCAGAAUAAUAUUGUUUUCAAAAAUUUAUCUAUCCAUUUGGCGGCCAAUGAAGAAAUAGCAAGAAGUUUGCUAUUUCAAGGACGAACUAAUCGCAAAGUAGCUGAAACACCGAUGAACAAAAGAUCGUCUAGAUCACAUGCAAUAUUUUCUAUAUACCUAACAGCAAAACCGAAAGACUCGCCGGUUAUAGUGACGUCCAAAUUGCAUUUGGUAGAUUUGGCCGGCUCAGAAAGAGUUGCAAAAACAAAAGUGAAGGGACAUGUUCUACAAGAAGCGAAAUACAUCAAUUUGUCUCUUCAUCAUUUGGAACAUGUGAUCGUGGCGUUGCAGAAAGGAUCGCAAGACGAAUUAUCAAGCAAAGGCUAUCGGCAAGGAAAGAAUAGAUACGUGCCUUACAGAAACUCUAUGUUGACGACUGUAUUGAGAGAUAGCAUUGGAGGAAAUUGUAUGACGGUCAUGAUCGCUGCGCUCUCAGUUGAAGAAAGCAACGUUUGGGAAUCAAUAUCGACUUGUCGUUUUGCCCAGAGGGUUGCAUGCAUAGCAAAUCCUGUCAGACGUAACGAAAUUCUAGACGACAAAGAGACGAUCAAACGUCUAAAGAAACGCAUAAACGAGCUAGAAAAUGAAGUAGCGAUACUCAAACAGGAAAAGAGAAGUGUUACACUGUCUGCAACUGAGAAUGACGAACGUGAUUCACUUUCCGACGAAGAAAAAAAGCUGUGCAAAAAGGUAAUGACUUCGUUUGUAAGUGGAAAUCUCGACAAUCCUGUAGCUUCGGGAAUUAACAGCAGUAAUAUGUUCAGAGAAUGUUUGAGACUGUUGAAGUCUUUGAUAACAAAUUUGCUUGAAAGAGCCAGUGAUGCGCCAGUAGGUGCAUCCCAACCAUCGACAUGUGACAGCGCAUUUGAACAAGUACUUUUGCCACAUUUAAUGGCCAACACUGAAAAUAGUAAUAGUCGGUCGUCGAGCAAAACAAGCGGAUUUGAUAGUGAACGAGGCAGCCAUGAUAGUACGCCAUCACUCACGACACCAUCUGUUUCCGAUAGCGACGCUCAGUGGACGGCAAGUAAAAGAAGAGUCGCUUGGGAGUCGACGACUACGAAAACUCUAGAAUCCCUUGUCCAUAAAUCAAGGACACUAGAAAAAUCGACAGACAUCUCGGAUGAAAAUCCGCAUCAUUCUCAUAGUCAAAGAAGGGCGCUGUAUAUGAGUUCUCUGGCAGGAAGAAAGCAAGCAGCAAUUGAAAAGAAGUCAAAGAAGCUUGAUAUCAUUAAGCAGCGGCAACAAGAAGAAACGGCGAGGUUGACAUUGCGACACCUCCAACUGUUAGAAGAAAACUAUGAAGGAAAGUUGGAUGAAGCAAGAGAACAGAUUGCAAGACAGCAUGCACGCAUAGUGGCACUAAAAAGGCAAAACGCUGGAGAUACAGUCAUUGGUCCUGAAAGUCUUGCUCAGCAGCAGCUGCAACUCAAAGAAGAAAAACUAUACUAUCAGCUCCAAGAAGUACGUCAGAAAUUGAAGCAAGUCUCACACUUUCAAAAGACACGUGACAGCGCACUACUUGUCAGUAGCAGCAAUCAAGCACGCCUUGCUGUUGAUUCAAGAACUGUUCUUCAGCAACUACGAAAGGAAAAAGAAGAGAGCGACAAAAUUGCCCAGCAUUUGAACGAUGUAAAGCUGUCUCAAAUGGAGCAGCAGCUGGCUUUAAAAGAAGAAGCUACAAGACGCAAACUGCUAGCUUUCAAACAACAGCUGCAAUUUCAACCACAGCAAAAACAGUUACAGACCCGUAGCUAUAGUGAGACAGAAACACAUGCAGAUGACAAAAUCAAUCAUACCGAUAAGACUGAUAUACACGCGGCAACGGAAGACAGAUUGCAGACAGGAAAGUACAGCAAAGCACAAAGAGCUACUAACAAUGAAAUAGCGACGGAACGUAGACAUUCUGAAAUCAAAGGCGCCAAUAAACUUUCUUUGGAAAUGCCUCACUCUAGACACGUAGAAAAUGAAUUUGACAAAACUCUAUCUUCAAACAAAGACGCCAAUAAAGCAAGCAACCUCGACGGCACUGCCGAUGAACUAUACCUUGCAUCAGGAAAGAAAAAUGCCACAAACAAUCACAACAGAAGUUUCUUUCUUAAGUCUUCAACUUUUGGUCACCUUUUUGAUUCGGACUUAGCGGUUGUCAAGAGAAGCAGCGUCAGCUUAAAAUCUCCAGCAAAUGCCGUACUCACAGAUGUUGAUAGAAAGACGACAGACGACCAAACCGUUGCACGUGUACAGUCGAGAGAAGAUGAUUUCGAUAAAAUCAAAUUUGAAGAAUCGCGUUUCGUAAGGAAAAGCAGACGAGCUAUCCCUGAAAACGAAUCAGAGAAACAGUAUGUCUCGGCAGCUGCAAAGCAUAAGGAGCGUGUGGAAAGAAUUAGAAAAGCAAUGAGGGCAGCGAUCAUUAUUCAGAGAAGCUGGAGACGUUACAGACAAAAGUAGAUUGAUUUUUGUUCUACAAAUGGUAACAUUGUAUGCAAAUAGACUUCACAAUUACAGUGCUAGAUUACAUGAAGAAGACUAGAACAUACAAGUCGUUGAUUAAUUAAUA